AUGGAAACUGAAACCUUCACGCCCACACCCAACCGAAACACGCCCGAAGGCCCUCACGCCCACCCCAAUCGUAACACGCCCGCAUUCCUCACGCCCACCCCAACCGAACACCGCCCGCAGCCUUCCACGCCCACCACCAUAUCGAACACGGCCCGCAGCCUCACGUGCCCAUCCCCCAACCGAACACAGCCGCAAGGCCUCACGCCCACCCCAAUCGAACACGCCCACAGCCUCACGCCCACCUCCCCAAUCGAAACACGCCCACAGCCUCACGCCCACCCAAUCGAAACACGCCCACAACCUCUUACGCCCACCCCAACCGAACACGCCCGCAGCCUCACGCCCACCCAAUCGAAACACGCCCGCAGCCCCACGCCCCACCUCCAUCCGAACAACCCGCAUCCUCACGCUCCAACCCCAACCGAACACUGCCCAACAACCUCACGCCCACCCCAAACGAAUCACGCCCGCAGCCUCACGCCACCCCAAAACGAACACGCCCACAGCCUUCACGCCCACCCCAACCUAACACGCCCACAGCCUCACGCCCACCCCCAACCGAACACGCCCACAGCCUCACGCCCAACCCCAAUCCGAAACACGUCUCUCACAGCCUCACGUCCCCACCCCAACCGAACACGCCCGCAGCCUCACGCCCACCCCAAUCGAACACGCCGCAGCCUCACGCCCAGCCCCAACUCCGAAACAGCCGCAGCCUCCCCGGAAGACCAACCCCUCCAGCAACGAAUACGGCGACCUGAGGGGGAGCACCAGCCGCCGCCGCCGCCGCCGCCCCCGGCCACGCUGCUCCCCAUCAGAUCAGCUUUCCUCCUCCUGACGUUCAGGUGUGGUCGGGGAUCUGUGCAGACGGUUGCUAUCACAGGGCAAUCCCAGUCUGCCAUUGAUGAGGACACCCUUCAACUGGAGACUCCCAUUAUGAAAGAUCGCAGUAUUACUGUUCGUCAGCGAGCCUAA